AGUUAUAUUGUUUGAAUGACAGUGAUGCCGAACUUCGCACAGCGAGUGGAAGUGGCCGUGGAUGCGCUGUCCUCCAAUCCCCCCAAGGAUGUUGACGAAAACGAGUUCAUCGAUGCUUCUCGACUCGUCUAUGACGGCGUCAGGGAGAUCAGAAGGGCUGUUCUCAUGAAUAGGACGGAUGAGGAAUUGGACCAGAGGAUGUGGAAUUUGACGAGCAUUAUACCAUUGAAAAUCGCAGCAAAU